AUGAAACAAAGAAUAAUUUUGUGGGAAGAGGAUGCUAAAUCAUUGUGUGCUAAAACAGAACAGUGCUCCGCAUGUGGUUGGAAGGAGGGGGGAACAAGCCGUGGCGCUUCGCAUGAUCGCAUCUCAGGAACCAAAGCUGGUUUCUAUGGAACUCAAGACACUCUCUAUGAUCACAAAGGCCUUCAUUACUUCAACAACUGCUCUAUUCAAGGUUCUGUUCUUUUCAUCUUCGGUUCCGCCAGGUGGCUUCCAUCACUGCUCAAAAACUGCAUAGCAACAGGUAGUGGGCAGAUUUAUCUUGGAAGAGCAUGGGGAGAUUAUUCCAGAGUUAUUUUCUCAUACACCUACAUGGACAACAUAGUUCUCCCCAAAGGAUGGAGUGAUUGGGGUGACCAAAAGCGUGACUCGAGAGUAUAUUAUGGAGAAUACAAGUGUAGUGGGCCAGGAGCUAACUUGGCUGGAAGUGUGCCAUGGGCACGGGUACUGACGGAUGAAGAGGCCAAGCCUUUUAUUGGAAUGCAAUUCAUUGAACGGGACACUUGGCUUGCUAGCCCCUAA